UUGACUAAACUCCAAAGGAAAAACAGAAAACCAAGGAUUGGAGAUACAUCUGGUUUUAUUUGAUCUUUUUUAGCAUUUCCAUCUGAUUUACUUCAGCUUUUACUCUGUAAAAAAAAAUCCCACAUCAGAAAAAUAAUACUUUUUAGUUUUGUUUUAGUUUUCAGCACCAGCAGCCAUGUACAGCUCCAGCUACUCCCGUGCCAAACUUGGCCCGGAGUCCAGACAGCCACUGUAUAGGAACAAAGGAAAGAGCUGCGGCUACUACAUGAGGAUUGUUUUUUUCUUUUCAUCCCUCAUCCAGUCUCUCAUUAUCGUCAGCCUUGUGCUCUUCCUCAUCUAUGGACAGCCAGAGAAGUCUGCAGAGGAGAAACGAGUCGAGGAGCUGGAGCAAGGCUUUAAUAAGCUAAACGUGAACAACUUUGAACUGAAGAAGGAGAAAGCUGAGCUCGAAGCUAAGCUGGCUGCUCAGAAAGCUGAGAAAGCUGCUCUAGAGAAACAGAUGGCAAAACAGCUAAACGAAUCUACCAAAGUAGAAAACGAGCUCAAGAAAAAGAUUACAACCCUUCAAAAUACAGUGACUUUGCUGCAGCGUCCAACUCGUACUUUCAUCCCGCCCCCACCACCUCCACCGGUCACAAAUAACAAUCAAGGAAUUCUAAAAGCAACCAUCUCUGAAAAGGAAAAAUUAAUAGCCCUUGUUAAAUCAAACUUCACUCAGACGGUUCAGUAUCUGAGUCACGAGAGGGACAGGGCCCUCCGAGAACGAGACGUCCACAUCGAGGAAGCCAUCAACCUCCGCAGAGAUAACAACCUCCUGAGGGAACAGCUCAAUAUCUAUACCAGGAAAUGCAAAGAAGACUUUGCUCAGUCUCUGGAUGGGAUCCAGUCGGUGACCACCAAGUUUUUGAAUCAGAUCCACAACAUGUUCCCUCACUCGCAGACGUUCCACCUCUCCUGCCAAAGCCAGAGGGAGCAGCUGGAGAAGAUCCGAAGCAGCUGCACCAACCUGUCCAGGGAUGUGGAGAGCAAGUUCCAGCUCUAUCUGGACAAUGUGGGCAACAAGGUGGUGGAGAUUCAGGGUCUCUCUAGCAAGCUGGAGGCACACAACUCAUACCUGACCUCCAGCCUGGAGCAGUGUGAAAAAAAGCACAAAGAAGCGGUCGCCAAGGCUGCCAGCGACUUAGAGCUCAAGCAAAAGGCUCAUGAUGACAAGGUAGAGCAAAUACUGAUUGAGAAGAAACGACUGAGCGAGCAGAAGACACUGCUGGAUGAAAAACUGGCCCUGAGGGAGAAAGAGAUUCAGAUGCUGAAGGAAUCGAUGCCCAAGACUGGUCCACUAACCGCUGCUUCGCCACAGAGUGUGCCUCAGCAGGGGAGACCGGCUGCAGCGAACUGGCCGGUCAACGGCUCAGCUGGAGUCAGUAAUGCUCCAAUUGUUGGUUGAAAGGAGGCCUUCGUCCAUCCACUACCUGCUCCAUCCACCUCUGGCACAGAAACAGACUCCAGUUCUAAUGUACAUCCUUCAUCUCUUAAUGAACAUGUUUAUAGAACAAUUAGCAAACCCUUGGGGAAACCUGUUAAUAGCUAAUGUAACGCAUCCACCUAUGGUUUUAGGGUUUUAAGAAUAAGAACACAAUUAAAACAAUCUGAAUUUCACCAGGUCGUAAAGUUAUUUCAGGCUUACUUUAAAGGUACAUAAAAUGUAAGAAAUUCCACAUAAAAAAAAAACCCAAGCAGAAAUAGAAAAGCUUUGUGUUUCUGUUGCAUGUAAGAGGAGAAGGUUAGCAGCCAGGUGUUUCUAACUGAUUAUCUGCAAGUACAGUCUCUUUUCUGAAGGGCAGGACUUCUACCUGACUGCUGUGUUCAGGUAUAAAUUUAUUUGAUGUAAAAAAUUUUAAGUUUUAAGAGCAGUAGGUUUAAAGAAGUAGAUAUCAGACUAGAAAAAGCAAGAAAAGUAUUUUGAACAUAGUUGAAAUAAUUUCUUCUAAUGCACCACGAGACUCCAAAUUUACAUAUUUAAUGUAAAUUUUAAGAUGGGACAACUCCGCUUUUCUGCACGGAUGAAAAGAGGCAAUGCUGAUCAGCACCACGUCAGGCCUGGAGGUGGUGGUAAUGGUAAACAGUUGUACUUGUAUGGUGCUUUAUUAAGUCCCAGAAAGCUAAAGAGCUUUGAGCCACAACCAGUCUGGAAAGCAAGUGAAAAGCAAGUAAAGAGUUCUUGCCAAGGACACAACCACUGAGACGGGUUACAGGAUGAGCUCUUCCUGUGCCCCGUGGAGCCUUCAAUGAUUUGGCCUGUAAUGCUUCCACCAGAAUUGAGCACAUUGCAGCAGAAUCAAAGAUGGACCUGUGUGUUCAGCAGCAGCAUU